AUAUAUAUAUAUAUAUAUAUAAACCCCCCACCUGCAUCUUUCUCAUUCAGUGUUUUUUCUCCAUACCCACAAAUACAAGGAGAUAAAUCAUUUUCCAAGCUUCAUUUGAUUCCAUCAUGGCUCAUUCAGCUAUCUCCCAGGUGUCAGUUGCGGUUCCUCUCCAAACGGAUUCCUCUUACCGAAGAUCUACGUUUAAGGCUACAAGCUUAACAUUCAGUGAUAAAUCAUGCAUCUCUAUGCCAUCUAUCGAUCUAAAAGCGACACGAUCCAGAAGCCAAUAUAUUGUUUGCAUGUCAGUCCAACAAGCUAGCAAAGCCAAGGUUUCAGUUUCACCUUUAUCACUUGAAGAUGCAAAAGAACCACCCUUGAAUAUCUACAAGCCCAAGGAACCAUACACAGCGACAAUUGUCUCUGUUGAAAGGAUUGUAGGCCCAAAAGCUCCUGGGGAGACUUGUCAUAUUGUCAUUGAUCAUGAUGGCAAACUUCCUUACUGGGAAGGACAAAGUUAUGGUGUCGUUCCUCCUGGUGAAAACCCUAAGAAACCAGGGAGUCCCCACAAUGUUCGUCUAUAUUCAAUUGCAUCCACCAGAUAUGGGGACUCUUUUGAUGGGAAGACGGCUAGCUUGUGUGUUAGACGAGCUGUUUACUACGAUCCUGAGACAGGAAAAGAAGACCCAUCCAAAAAUGGUGUUUGCAGCAACUUCCUGUGCAACGCGAAGCCUGGUGACAAAGUGAAGAUCACAGGUCCUUCUGGUAAGAUAAUGCUUUUACCUGAAGAUAAUCCAAUUGCCACACACAUCAUGAUUGGAACUGGAACUGGUGUGGCUCCCUUCAGAGGCUACCUUCGUCGUAUGUUUAUGGAGUCAGUUCCAACUGUCAAGUUUAAUGGGCUUGCUUGGCUUUUCCUUGGGGUUGCAAACACUGACAGCCUUCUAUACGACGAUGAGUUCACCAAGUAUCUCAAUGACUACCCAGGCAAUUUCAGAUAUGACCGUGCUCUUAGCCGAGAACAAAAGAACAAUAAAGGGGGGAAGAUGUAUGUUCAGGAUAAAAUUGAGGAAUACAGUGAUGAGAUCUUCAAGCUGCUGGAUGAAGGGGCCCACAUCUAUUUCUGUGGGUUGAAGGGUAUGAUGCCCGGAAUCCAGGAUACCCUUAAGAGGGUUGCUGAGGAGAGAGGUGAGAGCUGGGAGCAGAAGCUUUCACAACUCAAAAAGAACAAGCAAUGGCAUGUUGAAGUCUACUAAUUAGGAAAUAUUUAAUUGUUGCAUUUGUUUGUGAUUGUUGAUUGUUGUCAACUGAACUUAGCAAGCAAGUUUAGAUGACACAUUGUAUUGCUAGUAGACAUAUUGUUCAUGCUGCAAGGGAGAAAUGAAAUAAAAACUGUUGGUACUUGAGUCA